AUGCCGUGCUCUGUCUUUUUCCCCACUUUUACUGCGUCUCCUUCGACCCCAAAGCGGGAUUCGGCACGGAUCGUCGUAGGGUCGUUCUGGCUGGUUGUGAUUAUCCUUACGACAGGCUUCGCGGGUCAGAUGAAGGCCAUGAUGAUGGUCCAAAACGAGGCCGACCGCAUCGACAGUAUCAGAGACCUGUCCCUCAGGCCCGGGAUGAAGCCAUACCUUCCGGCCGGAAGCGCCGUCGUGUCCUCAAUACGCGAUUCCAGGGAUACAUACUACCAGAAAGUGUGGCGCAUGGUAGAAAAGCACAAGGGAAGCCAGCCACCGGCCGUCGUGCUGUCGGAGGCCUCGAUGCGCGAAGUCGUUCUCGGCAAAGCUGUGGUCAUCCUCAGUCGAGCAGCUGCGGCCUCGCGGGCCACGAUUGCAUGCGCCAAUUCUACGAUAGGAGAGUACUACGUGGGAGAGGAGUCCACCUUCAAUUUCAACUCUGUAUUCUACCUGAACAAAAGGAUGCCACUGGAGAGGCAACAAGCCAUCAAUAGUAGGAUUUUGUGGCUCCGUGAUUCUGGCCUGGUGGCAAAAUGGUGGAAAGAUUCGUCAGGCCACUGGCAAGGCUGCGGUCAGACCAUCAGCGACGGAAACAUCUCCUUCUCGGAUUUCAAGGACCUGCUCCUGUUCUGGAUUGUCAUGUUAUCCGUGUCAACUUGCAUUUUCGCCGUCGAGGUUUUAAGCAACCUGAGCUAUCGGAUCCGCCCGGCCAUUUGCAACAGCGAUGUCGCUUUCACAAAUGCGCAGGCGGAUUAG